UGUCGGUUAGGAUUUACCUCGCAGGGGGUUAGCCUGGCCGAAGCUCCGGUGAAGUGAGUGAUUUGUGUCCAAGUGCUCAAAAUGCCUCCCCAAGAGAAAAUGCCCGAGACGGGCUCGAGUCAAGAGUGCGAGACUCAGUUGGAGUUGCAAUGCAACGGAUACACAAACGGCGCUUUCGUGCCCGAUAACGGAACCGUUAAAGAGGAGAAAAAGGACGAAAAGGACGAGAAAGGCUUUGAGUUUGAUGACUUGCUGCCGCAUAUAGGAGAAUUUGGGAUGUAUCAGAAGAUUCUUUUUUUAAUGAUGAUUCCGUUUUCGUUUUUCGUGGCUUGGGUUUAUUUUACACAGAUAUUUAUUACUAUUAUACCGGAGCAGCAUUGGUGCUGGGUCCCUGAACUUGCCAAUAUGACGGUGGACGAAAGGAUAGCUCUAGCAAUUCCUCAAGGGGCCGAUGGCUCGCUGGAAAAAUGCCAAAUGUAUGACGUGAAUUUUACGGAAGUGGUGAGAAAUAAAAUUCCAGUUAACACGUCCUGGCCUACAACUUCCUGCAAAAAUGGCUGGGAAUAUAAUUACACCGAAGUUCCCUAUUCGUCGAUCGCUACAGAGCAAAACUGGGUUUGCGAAAACUCGGCUUUACCUCACACCGCCCAGUCCAUUUUCUUCUGCGGAGCCAUCCUCGGCGGCCUGGUUUUUGGCUGGAUCGCUGAUCGAUUCGGCCGAAUUCCUGCUCUUGUGGGGACAAACCUUGUAGGUUUCGUCGGUGGAAUCGCUACAGCUUUCUGUAGCGCCUUUUGGACUUUCUGUUUAUGCAGGUUUUUGGUCGGGAUGGCGUUCGAUAAUUGCUUCACAAUGAUGUAUAUUCUAGUAUUAGAGUACGUGGGCCCGAAAUGGAGAACCUUCGUAGCCAACAUGUCGAUUGCAAUUUUCUUCACGUUCGCAGCUUCGAUUUUGCCUUGGAUUGCUUAUUAUUUAGCCGAUUGGAAAAUGCUGUGUUAUGUCACUUCGGCCCCUCUGGCGUUGGCCAUAAUCACGCCAUGGUUGGUACCGGAAUCUGCAAGAUGGCUAGUGUCUCAAGGCAAAUUUGACAAAGCCAUUGGCAUCCUACGAAAAUUCCAAAGAAUUAAUAAAACCAAAGUCGAAGAAGAAACAUAUAAUAAAUUCAAAGCCAGCUGUUUGAAAACCCAAAAAGAGGAAGAAAUGGACAAAGCCUACACAGUCUUCGACUUAUUCAAAACGCCUCGUUUGAGAAAAAUCACUCUUUUAUUGAUCGUCAUGUGGAUGGCCAUUUCCUUGGUAUUUGAUGGUCAUGUGCGUAACGUGGGCUCGCUGGGCUUGGACAUUUUCUUGACUUUUACCAUCGCCAGUGCGACCGAAUUUCCAGCCGACACGUUUCUGACUUUGGUGCUGGAUGUCUGGGGCAGGCGAUGGUUAGCUUGUGGGUCCAUGGUUCUUAGCGGUAUUUUUAGUCUUCUUGCAACAACAGUGCCAUAUGGGGUUCCCUCAGCCGCGCUAGCAAUCAUGGGACGAUUUGCAGUUAAUAUUUCCUACAAUAUCGGUCUUCAAUACGCCGCUGAGUUGCUACCAACUGUUGUGAGGGCUCAAGGAGUAGCCCUAAUACACAUAAUGGGAUACGUUGCUAGCAUACUGGCACCUUUCGUGGUCUACUUGGCAAAUAUUUCAGUGGAUUUGCCACUUUUGAUUUUGGGGGUUUUGGGUAUUGUUGGAGGAAUUUUAGCGCUCUUUUUACCGGAAACUUUGGAUCAAGAGUUGCCACAAACACUGCAGGAUGGUGAAAACUUUGGCAUGGGGCAGAAGAUUUGGGACUUUCCAUGCAUUAAAAAGAAUGUUGACGAUGAAAAAGCAAGCAAGUUUAGGAGAUCGUCAUCGAGGAGGUCAUCAAUGCGAGCGUCUUUCAGAGGGGAGAUCAGAUCGAGUAUGAUCAACAGGUCCUCGAUUCGUUCAAGAAAAUCAAUUUGUAUUCCUGAAAACCAAAUCGCUUGAGAUUGAUGAUUCAGUAUUUUCUGCGUGAUAAGCAUACGUGGUGUGCGUACAACUGUAGAUGGUUGACCAUCUGUUUGUCUGUGGUAUUAUUUUUUAAAUGUACUGUAUAUAAUCCAUGUAGAUAGUUAUGUGUUUUAAUUGUUUUUAUAUAAAAAAUGUUAUUUUAAAUUACAGCUAGUAUCUUUUAAAGUGCCUUUAUAAUUCUUAUUGCUUUAAAUUUUAUUUUAAAACAUAAAAUACGAUUUUUUAUGUUUGUAAGUUGGAAUAUAAUACUAAAGUUCCUAAUAAAAUGUUUA